AUGCCUCUCAUCAUCGUCACUGGCCUCCCGACCUCGGGCAAGUCCACGCGGGCUCAGCAGCUGCACGACUACCUCUCCAUCCGCGUCGCCGAGACGAAGCACCGGCUGCACCUCAUCUCCGACGAUAGCCUAUCGAUCUCACGCACCGUCUACGACCUCGCCGCGCUGCCCGCGCACACGCGCUCCGCCAACGCCUCCGAGAAGGACGCUCGCGCCAGCGCUUACGCCGCCGUCAAGCGCGUGCUCUCCGACCGCGACAUCGUCAUCCUCGACGGCCUCAACUACAUCAAGGGCUGGCGCUACCAGCUGCACUGCGAGGCCAAGGCCGUGCGCACCCCCAGCUGCGUCCUGCAGAUUGGCUGCGCGCCCGACCGCGCCCGGCAGGUCAACCAGGAGCGGCUAGAUAGACGCGCCACCGCCGGGGAGGGAUCGGACAGCACCCCGGGACCGUACGAGCAGGGCAACUGGGACAACCUCGUCUUCCGCUACGAGGAGCCCAACCCGAUGACGCGCUGGGACAGCCCGCUGUUCACGCUGAUCUGGGAGGACGACGAGGCGCAGGCGGAGCGCACCUUUGCCGCGCUGUGGGAGGCCAUCGCCGGCGACGGCCGUAAAGUCGUCAAGCCGAACCAGUCGACGGAGCCACGCGGGCGCGACGCCGGCGGCGACUACCUGUACGUGCUCGACCGCGAGACGCAGUUCGUCGUGCGGCGCAUCCUGGAGCAGCAGGGCGAGGAGGUGGGCGGCGAGGUGCGCAUCCCGCUCAACGACGCGGCGCAGGAGGACCUGGUGGUGACGCUGCCGACGCUCAAGAAGCUCGCCCUGCCGGGGCUGCAGCGCCACCGCAGGGCGUUCAUGGGGCUGAACCGCGGCGGCAUCGGGCUCGAGGCGGUUGGCAACAUGGCGGCGGAUCGGCUGCGCGCACUCUUCGUCCGGGCGGGCAUGAUGGCGUCAUGA